AAUACUUUGAGAGUAGUCUGGUUAUUCAGCUCUCACAAAUACUAGUAGAAACAAAAACCGCGGAAGCAGCCAUGGCCGAAGCAGAACACAACGAUCCCACCUCGCCGGAGCGCGAGGACCAAACCAAAAGCAACAAAAAGAAGCUCCGAAAGAGAAAAAGACCUCAAAAGACCGAGCAGAAACAAGAGGAGGAGAAGAACGAUGCGAACAUUGAUAGCGCCCAAACACAAACUGAAGAUGAAGGAGAGAAUCAAGAAGACACAAAUGUGAACAACAACGUCUCAUCUGGAAUCAUGAGCACCGAGUCUUUCUCCUCUCUGGGCUUGUCCGAACCCACUUCCAAAGCCAUUGCAGACAUGAGCUUCCACCGUAUGACUCAGAUUCAAGCGAAGGCAAUUCCGACGCUUCUGACCGGGAAUGACGUGCUUGGUGCGGCGAGAACGGGUGCUGGGAAAACCCUAGCGUUUUUGGUUCCGGCGGUGGAGUUGUUGUACAACGUUCAGUUUACGCCGCGGAACGGGACGGGUGUUGUUGUCAUAUGCCCGACGAGGGAGCUGGCGAUUCAGACGCACGCCGUGGCGAAGGAGCUGCUGAAGUAUCACUCGCUGACGCUUGGGUUGGUGAUUGGGGGUUCCGGGAGGAAGGGAGAGGCGGAGCGCAUUAUGAAAGGGGUGAACCUGUUGGUGGCGACGCCGGGAAGGCUUCUCGAUCACCUCCAGAAUACGAACGGGUUUGUAUAUAAAAACUUGAAGUGCCUCAUGAUUGAUGAAGCUGACAGGAUAUUGGAAGCAAACUUUGAGGAGGAGAUGAAGCAGAUUAUUAACAUACUUCCAAAGAAAAGGCAAACAGCUUUGUUCUCAGCUACACAAACAAAGAAGGUUAAGGAUCUUGCUCGCUUAUCAUUUCAGACAACUCCUAUCUAUAUUGAUGUAGAUGAUGGGAGAAAAAAGGUCACAAAUGAAGGAUUGCAGCAGGGCUAUGUUGUUGUUCCCUGUGCUAAACGUUUUGUUGUUCUCUAUUCAUUCUUGAGGAGAUACCAAUCAAAAAAAGUGAUGGUCUUUUUCUCUUCAUGCAACUCUGUCAAAUUCCAUGCAGAUCUUCUCCAGUGCACUGGGUUGGACUGCUUAAAUAUUCAUGGAAAACAAAAGCAACAUGCCCGCACUACUACGUUCUUCAACUUUUGCAAAGCAGAAAAGGGGAUCUUGCUCUGUACUGAUGUUGCUGCUCGGGGACUUGACAUACCGGAUGUGGACUGGAUUGUGCAGUUUGAUCCACCUGAUGAACCAAAGGAAUAUAUCCAUAGGGUUGGUAGAACAGCUCGUGGGGAAGGUGGAAAAGGAAAUGCUUUACUUUUCCUGAUUCCUGAAGAAUUGCAAUUUCUUCACUAUUUGAAGGCCGCAAAGGUUCCUGUGAAAGAAUAUGCAUUUGAUCAUAAGAAGCUUGCAAAUGUACAAUCUCAACUGGAGAAGUUGGUGGCUGGCAUUUAUCAUUUGAAUGUUAUGGCUAAAGAUGCAUAUAGGUCAUAUAUAUUAGCAUAUAAUUCACACUCCAUGAAAGAUAUAUUCAAUGUUCACCGCCUUGAUUUACAGGCUGUUGCUGCUUCAUUCUGUUUCUCAAACCCACCGAAGGUGAAUCUGAACAUAGACAGCAGUGCUUCAAAGCAUAGGAAGAAAAUACGCAAAGUAGAAGGAAAAAUUAAUAAAGGCAAUUUGUGACGUCUUUUAGCAGCAGACAAUAAUGUCACGGCUGUGCAGUGGUGUGAUCCCCACACAACCCCCAUAAAGUUUUGGUAGGAACCCCAAUUUUAUAUGAAGAGAGAUGGAUUUGUAACUUCAUCAAACAACCUUGGUUAUUAGAAGCAUCAGAAAUUUUAAAUUAGAAUGGGUUAUGCGCAUUUUUGAACUGUAAUAUUCAACAUGAUUUGUAAGCUUAUUUUUUAGAAUGGGUUAUGCCUAUCCCAUGUUACAAUUUGUAAGCUUAUUUUUUUGUUAUUGUUGUGUUCAACGUGUGGUCUAAUUCUUUGCCGUUUGUGUUAGUUUUUUUGGUUUCAUUCUUUUGUUAUGUAGUUUUGUGUUCCUAAUUACACUAGUCUGGGCCCCCUUUCUGGUUUA